AUGGAGUCUCUGUCAAUCCCUGAACUAAUUAGUGGACUUAUUGAUUGUGUUGCUCAGUUAAUAAGAAUAGCUGAAGAGAUUUUGCAAUUAUUUUCACAGGAACAAGUUCCUUGUGUAGAGCAAAAUGAGGUAGCAGAACAAAAUGAGGUAGCAGAACAGGUAGAAGUAGAUUCCUCUCCUUCUGAGGAAGGUUCACUACCAGACCUCGCUGACUUUUCAGACUUGGAAUCAAUACUUACAGUAAGAGAAGAAGAAGACCUAAUGUUUGAUGUAGAUCAAGCUAUGUUUGACAUGGAAAACGUAUAUGAUGAUGUACUUGCUGGUAUAAAUGAUGAUUUAAGAAGUGGAUGA